GCUAUGCAGAGUUUAUAAAUAACCUUGAAAAUGGAAAUAAGAAAGUUAUCAAUGGUUUUUUUGACUUAUAUGAAUGGGUAGAUGAAUGGGUUUUAGAAGUAACUCAAAUGCUUAAAAACCCAUAUUUGAGGAAUAAGCGCGUUGUUGGACAAACAUCAACUGUAAAAGCCAUUCAUAAAAAAUUUCAAAGAUCACAAAACAAAUGUAACCAAAUAAAAAAUGGAAAUUCUAUUGUACAUUUAAAUAAAUCCAAAGUUAAUAAACCAGAUAGCAUUCAAAAUACUUCUAAUUUGAGAAAAUCCCACUCCAAUACAAACAAAGAAAAUAUAAGCCCCGAUAAAAACACCUAUAUAAAAUCUAAAAAGAUCCAAAACAAGAAAAAGACACUUCAAGAUAUUUCCGAGAUCUCUACUGUACUUGCCAUUGAAAAUAACUCAUUGAUUGACAAUACAGGCAUUAGCGAUAUGACGACCACGAUAGGUGGUAGGAUACUGAGACCGAGGAAUAGAGCAAACCAAACAAUAGAAAAAUCAAUUUCUAAAACCAGACGCCGAAAAAGGGUGGAAAAAGAUAGAACCACAAUUUUGGAAUCCGCAAUAGAAAACGAUGAAAUUAUUAGUACUAAUUUAUGCGAAGAUUCCGACACAGUCGCCGAUAUGCCGAAAGAGGAUAUACCAGACAAAAUCAUUAGUAUUAAUUUGUGCGAAGAUUCCGACACAGUCGCAGACACACCGAAAGAGGAUAUACCAGACAAAAUAGAUGCCAACGAUACUAUCAUGAUAUUUGACCAUUGCACAGACGAGCCUGCCACCCAGGAGCCUUUGAAUCAAGGCAAUAAAAGCCAGGAAGAAACAAUUUCAUCUGCCCAAUCCUAUAAUGUUGAAAAAAAGUUGGCAGACUGCACAAGUCAGUUGCAAACUACACAGAACUAUAACGAUAGCAGACAAGAAAUAAAUCUGUAUAACAUGAACAGCCACAACAAUAAAUCUCUUGGUGAAAGGCAUUUUGAAAUCCGAAACAAUCUAAAAAAUCCUAGGGUCUUACUCGAUAAUAGUUUUAAAUCAAAAAACGAUUCACAAUCGUGCAUUCUAGCCAAUAGCAAGGGAGCUUUCACUCCACUAGGUUCAACCAAUAAGCUCGGUCUUAAUUUUUGGACCAAUAACCCUUCCGAAAUAAGACACAAGCAGCUACCCAGUAGAGAAAUCAAGAUUACUAAACUGACAGGGAUUAGAAGAAGCUCCAGAUUAACGCCACAAACUAGAUUUUUAACACCUCACCAUCUCACAGCCAAUAGAUUGAGGAACUUUCAAAAUAGUGAACUGAGCAAGAUAUGUUCUAUGCGAGAUUUAAAUCUAUGCAAUGGAAACUUGGAUCAUAUUGUCGAUAAACAAACUGUGGAAGAUGAGAUUGAUUCCAAAAUGAAGGCAGCUCAGCAAAAGAAGCAGAAUCUCCUUAAACUAAAGGCGAUGCAAGCCAAAAAUCUCAGGGAGAAGAGAGAGCAAAGGAUGCAACAGUUAAAAAUGUCUAAAGUUCAAGCAUCCAUUAGUACUACCAACGAAAACUUCCACAAAAACAAAGCUAUUAAAUUUGUCACCUCCAAUCACCCAAUUUCCGUUAAUAACAUAGUUAAAAAAUUUAAUAACCUGAAUCAGGAAAAUAAUAAUGCUAAAGGCAAUAUCAAGCUGCUUAAACCCAUAAAAGUUUUCAAAAAAUCUCUUAAUGACAACAAAAAUAACAUUUUUUGCGAAAUUAUUGACUCCGUACGAGAAAACAUUGAUAACGUUCUGGAAGAUCCCCAAAAUUUGGGAAAUGAGAUAGAUAUCAGUUUCAAGCAAGAGCCCGAGCCUUUAAUCAAGCCACUUUACCUAUCGCCUCGACAUCUUGAACUUGAAGUAUGCCUGCAAAGGAUCGACUAUCCAAAAAAUCAUGCUCAGUCAACUAACCAUACUCAACAAAAUAGGAUUUAUCAAAUAAAUUCCCAGCCCUACUUAGAAAAGGCUGGGAGCGAUAUACAAGAUCGCCUUUCCGAAAAAAAUUCCGACCAAACCAAGGUCAGCAUAGGCAAGGGCAAUCUGGGCCGCUUAUCUAAAAACGCUAUGAAUCACCAAGACUCUAUUAAAAGGAGUAGUGAGAGCCUUCGAGACUUGAAUUAUUGUAAAUCAGACGAUCAACCUAGACAUGCUCUAUCUGCCAUUGAUAAUAGAUUAGGGGUUCCAAAUGAUCUACUACCGGAAUUGAGCGAAGAUUUUACUAGGAAUGCUGGGAUUCGGAAAGUAAAAGAAGAAGAAAAGGUGGCUUAUUGUGGAGUGACUUUCGAUAAUUUGUUGAGGGAUUCGGUGGAGUUGAAAGUGUUUGAGAAAAAUAAAGCUAAGCGGUCCAGCAAUUACGACAUAUCAGAUUUUGGAAGCGAUCAAUCUUCCGAAGACGAGGCCAAUCCAAAAAAGCCUAAACCUAAUUGGGCCUUUGGACCUAGCCUGAAAGAGAGCGCAAUGCUACAAGAAUUCGCCCACGGUAGUUUAACUCCAACAAUCAAAUAUUUUUCCGACGCUAGGCGUGAGCCUAAAAUAACCAGUCUAUUCGUAAAUAAAAAACACAAAAAAAUACCACUACUUCCUCAAACCCCGAAAUUUACUCAAAACGGCAGAACCCCCCAAAAUGGGCGAGAAACAGGAGAUUUUACAGAUAUGGAAAGACUUUUAACACAAAAUAUUACUCAGGAAUCUCCUAGAGGUAGUUCCAUCUGUUGGGAUGCUACCUUUAACAAAUUUUAAGCAUUAUGCUAAACACAUUAUUUUGUAAUUAUUAAAAAAAACUGGGUCUGUUAAAUGAUCAAAAU